AUGAAGAAGAGCCUAUACAACGGCAACAACAGCACCAAAGUCCAGACGAACAACGGAAAUAAUAAUAAUAGUAAUCGGUUCCUUCCUACUUCUCUGAAAUUCAUCUCCUCUUGCAUUAAGACCGCCUCCUCCGGCGUCCGGUCGGCCAGCGCCUCCGUCGCCGCUUCCAUCUCCGCUGACCCGCACGAUUCCCGAGACCAGGUGUUGUGGGCAUGUUUUGACAGAGUAGAACUUGGUCCAUCUUCCUUCAAACAUGUUCUGUUACUUGGUUAUGUCAAUGGCUUUCAAGUCCUUGAUGUUGAAGAUGCCUCUGAUGUUAGUGAGCUUGUAUCAAAACGUGAUGAUCCGGUCACAUUUUUACAGUUCCAGCCCAUGCCUAGAAUCUCUCAGGGUCCUGAAGGAUUCAGAUCUUCCCAUCCAUUACUCAUGGUUGUUGCAUGUGAAGAGUCUAAGAACUCUGGUAUGACACAAAAUGGAAGAGACGGUUUGGUAAAUGGUUAUUCCGAGCCUCAAACAAGCAACUCUGCUAUGUCUCCUAGAGUUGUUCGGUUUUAUUCACUAAGUUCUCACAGUUAUGUUCAUGUUCUGAGAUUCCGCUCGACUGUGUAUAUGGUUCGAUGCAGUCCUCUGAUAGUGGCUGUUGGUCUUGCCUCUCAAAUAUACUGCUUUGACGCUGUCACUCUAGAGAACAAAUUCAGUGUUCUUACUUAUCCUGUCCCCCAGUUGGGAGUCCAAGGACAUGUUGGGGUUAAUAUUGGAUAUGGUCCCAUGGCUGUUGGUCCUAGGUGGUUGGCUUAUGCCUCCAACAACCCUUUAUUAUCGAAUACUAGCCGACUAAGCCCGCAAAGUCUUACACCUCCAGGCGUCAGUCCAUCAACUUCACCAAGUGGUGGAAAUCUAGUGGCUCGGUAUGCCAUGGAAUCUAGUAAGCAGUUAGCUGCUGGGUUACUAAAUCUGGGAGACAUGGGUUACAAAACUUUGUCUAAGUACUAUCAACCCGAUGGUUCCAGCUCUCCAGUGUCAUCAAAUUCUAUCUGGAAAGUUGGGAGGGUUGGAUCACAUUCAACAGAAACAGAUAUUGCUGGAAUGGUUGUUGUAAAAGACAUUGUUUCCAGGGCGAUUGUUUCACAGUUUAGGGCACAUACUAGUCCCAUUUCUGCUCUAUGUUUUGACCCCAGUGGGACUCUCCUUGUGACUGCCUCGAUAUAUGGAAACAAUAUUAACAUUUUUCGGAUAAUGCCAUCACGUAGUGGAUCUGGCACCCAGAGCUAUGACUUGAAUUCCUCUCAUGUGCACCUUUACAAGCUCCAUCGUGGCAUGACAACAGCUGUGAUCCAAGACAUAUGUUUCAGUCAAUACAGUCAAUGGAUUGCAAUUGUUUCAUCAAGGGGAACAUGCCAUAUUUUUACUCUUUCCCCCUUUGGUGGUGAUACUACUCACAAGCAGAGUUCUCAUGUUGAUGGGCCUAGUCAUUUGCCAGUUCCGUCUGUACCAUGGUGGUUCACUCCUUAUUUCAUGACAAACCAGCAACUAUUUUCUCCACCACCACCACCCGUUACCCUUUCUGUGGUUAGCAGAAUAAAAGAUAACUCUGGUUGGAUCAACACAGUCAGUAAUGCUGCAUCUUCUGCAGCCGGAAAAGCUUCCAUUCCAUCUGGUGCUGUUACAGCUGUAUUUCAUAAUUGUGUUGCUCAUGAUCUGCAAACUUCUCAUUUAAAGGUAACUGCUCUGGAGCACCUAUUGGUUUACACUCCUUCUGGUCACGCAGUUCAAUUUAAACUACUGCCAAGAGUUGGGGUAGAGCCUGGUGAAGCUACAUCAAGAACAGUGCCAGGUCAUUCAGUACAAAUACAGGAUGAGGAGUUGCGAGUGAAAGUUGAACCUCUGCAGUGGUGGGAUGUUUGCCGAAGAACUGAUUGGCCUGAAAGAGAGGAAUGCAUUUCGGGGAUAAAACUUGGGAGACGAGUAGAUGAGGAGACAGUCAUGGAUACUUUUGAUUGUGAUGUUAAUGGUAUUGGGGAUAAGGAGUCGGUGAAACCACUUGAGUGUUCUCACUUGUACCUUGCCAAUGCUGAGGUUCAAAUCAACUCUGGAAGGAUUCCAAUCUGGCAAAAGUCUAAGAUAUAUUUCUAUACAAUGAGUACCUCGGGAGCCAUUGAACAAAAUGGUACUAAAGAUCUUACUGGAGGAGAGAUUGAAAUAGAGAAGUUUCCUGUUCACGAGGUCGAAGUUAGGCGGAAGAAUUUGCUACCUGUUUCUGAUCAAUUCCAUAGAGUGCAGCCCAAUUGGAGUGACAGGGAUCUUAUUGGAAGAGGAUGCUCGAGUUCGUCUUCUGAUUCUCCUGAAGCUAAAGAAAAGUUUCUUGAAAAUGCUGGUAUUUCUGGUGACAAGUUGGCAUCAUCUGGCAACCCAGACACUGGUGGUUCUUAUCCAUCCAUUCUCCAAUCUGGGAAUGGAAAUUAUGGGGAAAGAAGAGGGAGAUCUUUUUUGGCGUCACCUCUACUGAAUCAAAGCUCCAUGAAGAAUAAUGUUGUUACAAUACCUUCAGAACAACCUACAUCAGGUGUUUCUCUGGUUGAGGAUAGUAAUUUUUCAAAGAGUCUAUCCACUUUAACUGGUGGUUCCCUUGCUGCUGAUAGAACUAUUGCAAAAGAGGUUCAGUCAGUGAACAGUGGUGAGGCCAGUGAAAGUUCAAAUUUUUUCCAAGAGGGGUAUUGUAAAGCAUCACCUUUGAGCAACUUCCCUGAAUCAACUGAAGUUGUAACUGAUGUGGACAGCACCAACAGCCCCUGUGACAGGGAGAAAUGUGAGGAAGAUGGUGACGAUGAUGACAUGCUUGGUGGUGUAUUUGACUUCUCGGAGGAAGGAUGAUGGACCGUUUCCAGUUCUCAAGUCGUACUGGAGUAAUGAGAUCUGCCCUUAUUUUCUAGAUGUGGUAAAGAGAGCUCAGCCAAAUUUGAGUACGAAAUUUAAUUGAUGAAGUUUCAGGUUGUCUUUUUUCAAGAAUGAAAAAUGCUACCGACUAAUUGAUACAAGUGAUAUAAAUCUUUGGUUUGGCGUAGUGCUGCUGUGGCAAAUGCCUGGUACCUCCCUUCUAAUUCUCAUGUAAAUGUUGUAAAUGGAAAUUCAAAAUAGGAAAUUAUCUGUGUGGACAGGUUCUUUUCGUGCUAUAUAACUUUGUAAAUUUCAUUCUUCAAGAAAAAUAAAAUAAAAAGCGGAAAAUAAGAAAUGACAUUGUAAUUCAUUCUUUCGGUUCUGUAUAUAAAAUUUCUGCCAGUUGCUUUCAUCUUC